ACCUUCCACGACCGAGCUUGGGAAACAAAGGUUCCCUCGUGUGUCGCUUCCCCAGUGUUACACUAACAUCUAAUAUCCUCCCUUUGCCGACUUUGGUCCCGGUUAUAUACAUAUAUAAGUCGAGUCCAAACAGCCAACCACUAUUGGUUUCCCCCCCGCCGUCAACCAACUUUAUUUUCCCGAGAUCGACAUCAACCGCUUCACUGCUGCUUGAAUUCGAAGCAGGAACCCGACAUGCUGGAGAAGCCACAGGCCAAAGCCUCAUGGCUGGCCACGGUCUCGAACCAGUUCAGGAAAGGAGGGAAGCUCCAACCAUUCAGGUUAUUGAGGCAGGACAUACACAACCUUCGCUCGAGAUAUGUUUCGGAUUGGACAGUCUUCAACCAGCUGGUUGUCGCCAGUGCCGUCUAUGUCUUCUUCACCAACAUCCUCCCGGGCAUCACCUUUGCCAACGAUCUCUUUGUCCUCACCGGAGAAUCAUGGGGCACUAUCGAAGUUGUCUUUAGCACUGGCCUUUGCGGUCUCAUCUUCUCCCUCUUUUCUGCACAACCUUUGACUAUCCUGGGCGUCACUGGUCCCUUUUCGGUUCUGGCAGAGAACAUGUACAAACUUUGUACAAAUAACUUUCAUGUCCCCUUCCUCCCAGUCAUGGCUUGGUCCCUCAUCCACUCCGCCUGGAUGCACUACCUCCUCGCCAUCUUCAACGCCCAUGACUACACCAUGCAAUACGUCACCAACUUCAGCGCCGACAUCUUCUCCCUCCUCAACUCCGUCAUCUACUUCCAGAAAGCCAGCCUCGAGCUCAAACGGAACCACGACAACGUCCCCUUCGACGCCUUCCUCUACUCCAUUAUCGGCGCCUUCGGCACCUGUCUCCUCGCCAUUUUUUUGUCUACCGCCUUAGAAUGGAAACCCUUAUUCGGGCGCAUCGUCCGCAUGGGACUAGCCGAAUACGCGGCCGCCAUCUCCAUCAUCUUCUUCAUCGGCGUCCCUUACAUGGGCGAGCUGGCGAAUCUCGACCACGAGCGGCUUUCCAUCUCAAAGACUUUCCGGCCCACGAGCCCGACCCGCGACACUUUUUUUGUCAGGUUCUGGGAGUUGCCACUGGAGUGGGUGUUCAUCUCCAUGAUCCCCGGACUCAUCAUCACGGUGCUGUUCUACUUUGACCACGAGAUCAGCAGCAUUAUCUGCACUGUUGAGCGCUACGGCGUGAAAAAACCGGGCGGGUAUGCUUGGGACAUUGUCCUGCUAGGCACGACCACCGCGCUCUGCGGCAUCUUGGGCAUACCGCCUGCGAACGGGUUGUUGCCGCAGGCACCGUUGCAUUCGGAGUCUCUGCGUCAUUGGGUGGAAGUUGACGCUGAGGACUCUGAUUCUGACUCUUCGCCUUUAACCACGGCUUCCUCCCCUGCUUCUUCACCCUCCUCCUCGUCCUCCUCCUCCACGACUUUAUCAUCCCCCGACCUCAACACCACCACCACACCGCCACCACCCAAGAAAAAGAAACUAAUCCCCCGCGUCCACGAACAGCGCUACUCCCCCCUCCUCCAAUCCGCCCUCAUCCUCGUCUUCAUCAGCCCCCCCUUCCAACACCUCCUCGGCUUCACCCCCACCUCCGUUCUCGCGGGUCUAUUCAUGUACAUGGGCUACCAAUCCCUCUCCGUCAACCCGAUCCUCCCCCGCUUCUUCGAGUUACUCUCUCCCCCCAGCGAACUCCCACCUUUACCCAACCCUCAAAUAUCGAGAUGGGCGGUGCACGGGUAUACUCUCACCCAAAUCGUGUUGACGGGAAUCAUCUUUGGUGUGACGUUGACGGUGGCGGCUCCCGGCUUCCCGGUGAUUAUUAUUAUUUUGGUUCCCGUGAGGCUGUGGGUCAUGAAUAGGAUUUGGGGGAGGGAGACGUUGAGGUUUGUGGAUGGGUGGGCUUGUAGGCCGGGGAAACCGGAGGAUAGUGAGGAGGAGGUGGAGGAGAGGGCGAGGAGGGAAGGGGAGGGGAAUGGGGUGUUGGAGGGUGGUAGGGGUGGUGAGGGAGGGGUUAGUGAGAGUGAGAGGGUGGGAGAGGUUGAUGUUGAUGUUGAUGUUGAGAGGGGACUGGCGAGAACGUCGUCUGGGAUUAAGAAUGGGGAUGUGAGGGAGAAGCAGAGUUGAUUUGAUUUUGCGGUGGGUGUUACAGGGGCCUGUUUGCUGUUUUGCGAGAGACGGAAAGAAAAAUGAAGGGGUGCAAUGAAAAGUGGAUGGAUGAUAUACGUACGGUAUGAAGUCGAAACGAUAAUGAUUUAAUAGCAUAGCAUGAGUCACGAGCAGGGAUGGCAUAGUACGAGCAUAGCAUUGAAGACCAGAUAACAAUGAUAGAGCAUGAUGGUUGAUACCCACGAACGAAAAGAGCAUUAU